GCGGGGUGAGUUGGAGAUGGAUGUUGCAAAGAGGUUUGAAAAAAUCCAGAGGGGAGGACUUAUUAUGUACAUUUCUCGGCCGAGUAACAGUCGACAGUCGAGGAAGCUCGGAGUCCACGACUCAACUCGAACGAAACAGAAACAAAAACAAAAAACGAAAACGAAAACAAAAACAAAAUGACAACGACCAUCGAUGAGAACAACAACAACAAUAACAACGAUGAUAAGGAGAAUAUAAACACCAGGACUCAGACUGGGGACCAAGAACCCACUGAGGACGAGCAAGAGGAAAGACCCAGUCAACCAUCAACCGACAAUCAUCAACCCAAGAAGAUCGAGACAACAACGACCAAUAACGAGACUGAGCCUAGUGCGAGUACUAGCAAAUCAGACCCAACCCUCAUCAAGCUCAUCGGAAAUAACGUGCCAAGCAUCCCACUCGAAGUCCUCAAACGAAACCCUCAUUCAAAAGACCCAUCUCCUUCCGCCCCUAAAUGGAUCUGGGCACCGAUCGAUCACCCGGCUCGAAAGGACGGCUUGAAACUGAACCAUUGGGUACGCACUGAUGAUCAGGAGGUCUAUAGAUUUGCGAAAUAUGAUACAACAUCAAACGUCUUUAGCUACACGACCGAAGAGUACUAUCACCUACUAAGAGAUGAUGACUGGACGAAGGCAGAGACAGAUUAUCUGUUCAAUCUCUUGAAUACCUACGACCUCAGAUUCCCAGUAGUACAUGACAGGUACGAAUUCGUGGGCAGUCAUGAACGAACCUUAGAUGACCUGAAGGCACGAUACUAUUCGAUCUGUCAAAAGUUAAUCCCGCACCGACCGUCUACGAGUUCGACAAGCACUCAUCUGGAUGACCCGAACAAGAAACAGUUGAUUCAAUCCUAUCACUUCGAUAAACAGAGAGAAGUCGAACGAAAGAAACAUGUGAAAUCCUUGCUCAAUCGGACACCGGCUCAGCUACAGCAAGAAGAAUUCAUUUACAUCGAGACGCGAAGAUUAGAGCAAAACCUACUCAAGCGGAUCAGGAAUCGUGAUGAAGUAAUGAAGAUCAUCGGAGGCUUCCAGCAUCACAUCUUGAAUGAGAUGAAGUUCUGGCCGAUCGUCGAACCUAGUCCGACGACCUUGCAACUAUCCCGUCUGGCGAUUAGUAAUAGUAUCAACAACAAUUUGAACUCGGCUAACAACCCAUCUGGGUUUGCUCAUCCACCUGAGAGUACAAGUCGGUCGGCUCAUCUGAACCAGCUUGACAAGCGUAACGCUCGACGAGAGGACACCACGAUGGAUGACUUGCCGAUCAAUGCUAGUAGUGGUGGUCUUGUAGGCGACAACCAAGAGAUGAAUGGAGAGCGUCCGAAAGGGAUAGACCCACAAGAGCAGAUCGAGCAUGACACGAAACACUGCAUCUAUCGGUUAGACUCGAAUUCUCUGACCGGAUCGACAACUGGCUCGGGAGGGCAUCACCGAACGGUCUGCCUACGAUCGGCCCGGAUCCCGCUGCCUAAGACGGCCGCUGCUCAGACCCGGAUCUCGACGGUAUGGAGCGAGCUGAAUAUCCCGAACCUGCUAAGCUAUCUGCCCAAGCCACUGAUCAUGCCGACCCGGAAGAACGUGGAAAGCUACGAGCGACUGAUACAGGCCACCAACCAGCUCAUCGACCUCAAGCGACUCAUCGACCGGGUCGACAACGACCUCAAGGUGCACCGCAAGAAGAAGGACUCCCUCCUGGCUACCCUCUCCACCUCCUCUACCCAUCCUACAUCACCUGCUAAGAUCGAACUCGAUAAUCCUCCCGCUCGUCCUCCCCAACCUAACCCACCAAUCGAAUCCAAUCCAGAAGAUCCUUCCCUCCUUGGACCGGAUCCACCGGAAGACUACCACACGGGAUCUCGUUUGGGGAACCGCGCGUUUAUCAUUAUAAAGUCAGGUUGA